CUGCAUCCCUCACCUUUUGGACCCUUCGCGCAACGUCAAGCUAGCUGCGAUGCCAACAUAGCGGCGCAGAGAUCAUGGCUGCACACAAGCAAUGCGCCAAGCCUGGACUCGAGGUCACACUGGCACUUCUAAAGCCGUCGACGUGUUCUUACCAGCCAGAUGUGAGCGCCAUCCUCCGCCACAUCAAGGCCAAUGACCUCGACAUCGUGCGCACGGCAAAGCUCUAUUGGACCACGCAGGAGGCUGUCCAAUUCUACGAGGAGCACCAAGGGCGCUUUUACUUUCCGAGGCUGGUAGCCGGAAUGACCAGCGGUCCGUCCAUGGCCCUCGCACUUGCUGGCCACGAUGCUAUUGCCCGGUGGAGAGCGCUGCUGGGUCCCACCAAGGUAUAUCGCGGUCGAUGGGAGGAGCCUCACCCGGUGGGUCUACGAGCUUUGUAUGGCCGCAGCGACACGCUUAACGGCUUCCACGGCAGUGACGCACCAGCCACAGCCAAGCGCGAGCUAAGCCUCGUGUUUGAAGGGUGGAAUGUAGACUGGUGGCUCGAGCAAGAGACGAAACGGCGGCAGGCCCUGCAAUGAACGAUGA